AUGGGCAGUGAGAGGAGCCACUCGGGACAGGGGCGGGCCCAGAUGAAGAAGAAGAAUAAGAGUGCUGCUGACAGUAGUAUAUUUGCAUUGUGGGAAAAAGCUUCAAAAGCUAAGAAGACAGAUGAAACAUCCACACCGAAUCAUACUGUUGUUGAAUCAAGUACUUCUCACAAUCAGCCCGAGAACAAUCUGCAAUUGGCGCUAGUACAAGCACCGGAUGUAGAACGUGAACCGGAGAGCGGCGGCGCAACUCCAACUCCAAUUGUAGAGGAUGAUGAAGCAAUUGAUGAAGAAGAUGAACCGACACAAGCAGAUCUGGAUGCACUUGAACAUGAUCCUGGGAAGCGGAUUUCCAUCUCAAGAUAUGCUGUCAAUGACCAAGAUAGAGAUAAAACAAAAUGUCCUGGUGGGGAUUCAUUUGUUAAGAAUGGGUUUAGGAACUGGAACAUGAAAUCGAGAUUGUCGAGACAUGAAGGUGGUGUCAGUAGUGCUCAUGCUGAAGCUCAAGAGAAAUUUGAUAUGUUCACUACACCAAAAGCAUCAAUCCGAAACGCUCUUGCUUCAAACACCUCGCAGUAUAAGGCCUUGUACAAGCUCCGUUUGACAUGGACACUCAAGUGUUUGAGGUUUUUAUUGCGCCAAGGCUUGGCAUUUAGAGGACAUGAUGAGAGUGAAGAUUCACUAAAUAAAGGAAAUUUCCUUGAGCUUCUAAAUUGGCUAGCAGGAAAUUUUGAAGAGGUUGACAAAAUGGUUCUCAACAAUGCUCCACAGAACUGCAAGAUGACUCACCAUAAUAUACAACAUGAGCUGAUAAAAUGUUGUGCGCAUGAGACGACUAAACUGAUCAUUGAAGAACUCGAUGGUGGUCAUUUUGCAAUACUUGCAGAUGAGUCUAGUGACGUGUAUCAGAAUGAACAAUUGGCUAUUUGCUUGCGUUAUGUUGAUAAGAAAGGAAGGGCGGUUGUAAGAUUUCUUGGUCUUGCUCAUGUUGAAGAUACUACCUCUUUGACACUUAAGGCUGCAAUUCAGAAAAUGCUUAUGAAGUACAAUCUGACCUUCGCAAUGGUUCGUGGGCAAGGAUAUGAUGGAGCUAGUAACAUGAAAGGUAAUGCCAAUGGCCUGAAAAAACUAAUCAUGGAUGAGUCUCCUUCUGCCUACUAUGUUCAUUGUUUUGCCCAUCAACUACAGCUAACUCUUGUUGCUGUUGCUAAGGAGAGUGGUGAUUGCACUUGGUUCUUUCAGCAGCUUGCACACUUGUUAAAUGCUCUUGGUAUGUCUUGCAAAAAGAUGAGGAUGCUUCGGAUUGCUCAAGCCGAGGAACUGAUUGAUGCAUUGGAAUUGGAAGAAGUAGAAACGGGGACUGGGCAAAAUCAGGAAAUGGGUUUGGGAAGACCGUGUGAUACACGUUGGGGCUCCCACUUCAGAACUGUGAACCGUGUCCUCUCUAUGUAUGCUGCAAUACGGCGAGUCCUCUUGAAGAUUAGAAAAGCGUACCAUGGUGCGGAGGCUCAAGCAGCUCUAUCUGUGUUGACAUCAUUUCGGUCAUUUGAGUUGUUUUCAUGGCACAUUUGA